AUGCUUACAAGAAAGAGAGCACAAGAUUCAAGUACUAAAGGUAUAGAUGAUGAUGAUGAUGAAAAUGAAAUGAUCGACGAUGAUGACGAUGAUAGUAUGACAGAGGCAGAGGAGGAGGAGGAGGAAGAAGACAAUUCAGAGACAGAGACAGAGAUUGAUCAUCCAAUCUCUACACCUCGAAAGAAACAAAAAAGUACAAUAACCGUUCAACCAGUUGGAGCAGAAUCGAUAGCACAGAUAUUGACAAACGAUAUUCAAAGUCUGCCGACGGGUGGAGACACGAUAGCUCCAGAGUCUGUGUUUUAUCGUGCACCGACGAUCAAGGAUUUCGAGCGGUUGCACAGAUCAACUGAAAAUUUAUUGGCACUUGAAGAGACCAACGAGAGACUUCGAAAGGUUCUGUUGGCCAUCAAGGGCAAUACAAACUUGGCAGCAUCCCCUCAAAACGCACAAUUGUUGUGCAAUUUUUUCAAGAUUCGUGCGGCAAGCAAUCUGUUCAAGGUUGUGGCGCGACGAAACGUUAAACCAGCUUCGGCACAGGCUCGUCCAAGAAUGGAAUUCUUGGUCAUUGUAUAUUCAACACGUGCGUGGCUACGUUAUUGUGACAUGCCAUAUCAUCGUCCAGAGCUUCUUAGAAAAGGAAAAAAGGAAAAGGAGAAAGAGAAAGAGAAAAAGGUAUCAAAGACUCCACCACCUCCAACCAAACCAACCCCCGUUUUGGCAAAAACAAGAUCAAAAAGUAUUCCUUCAAAAUUACCUAGUUCUCUUUCUUCUUCUUCUUCAUCAUCUCCUUCAAAUUCAUUGGCUUUGACAAUAAUACCACCUUCAACUCCAACUUCAAAUACAUCUACAUCGACAUCAACAACAACAACAACGACACCAAGUAGAUCAGCUGCAAAAUUGGCAUCUGAACAAUUUGCGUUACAUCAAAAACAACAAAAACAUUUACUUGCUCAAGUAUCACCAAAACAAAAAUCACCAACUCUAUCACCACCGAUCGUUCCUACCAACACUACUACUACACCAAAAAAAGUACCUAAAUUAAGAGCAAAAAGAAUCAUGAUGGAUGAUGACCAAGAUGAUAUUCAUAAUGAUACAACUCCAAUUAUUCAUAUUGAUCAAAGUAUUCAAAAUAGUCAUAAUGAAAUUAAUCAAAAUAAUCAAAAUAAUCAAAAUAAUCAUAUUAAUAAUAUUGAUCAAACAACACCAAAAUCUAAUAAUAAUCAAAAGAAUAAUCAAAAUAAGAAUAAUAAUAAUAAGAAUAAUAAUAAUAAUAAUAUUGAUCAAUCAACAACAACUCCACCACCACCAACAACAAAAUCUAAUAAUUUAAAUAGUCAAUUGGAAAUUGAGAAACAAAAAAAGAAGAAAUUGGAUGAAGAAAAUGAAAGAGAGCAAGAAAGAAAACUAAAGAUUAAAUUGGAAAAUUUACAAAGAUUAAAAGAAGAACAAGAAGCAAAAAAGAAAUUACUCAUAUUACAACAACAACAACAAGAGGAAUUGGCAAGAAAACAAAAAGAACAGCAACAACAACAAUUAUUACAACAACAACAGCAACAACAAAAGACAAAUUCUCCUGUUCAAUAUUCACAAUCUCAAUAUUCAAAUGUUACUCCUCCUCCCCCUCCUCCUCCAAUUUCCCAUCCUCUUUCAACCAAUACCAAUACCAAUACUAAUACUAAUAAUAAUAUCAAUAAUAAUCUCAAUACUUCUUCUUCUUCUUCUUCUACUUCAAAUACAGCAACAAUAGAAGAAGAAGCAAAAUAUCAUCAAUUCCAUUAUCACCAACAUCAUCAUUACCAUAAACAACAACAAUUAUUACAACAACAACAACAACAACAGCAACAGCAACAACAACAACAACUAUUAUUACAACAACAAAAACAACAAUUACUAUCUCAACAACCACCAAUACAUGCCAUUCCAUCACCAAUUUUACAACCACAACAACAACAGCCGCAAGAUGAAUAUAUAAUGCCAACAACAUUAGAACCAAGAGAUGGAUUGGUAGGAUUAGAAGUUAAAAGAAUUGAUGGAUUUACCAAAUCGGAUCCAAUAGGGUUCAAGACAUUUUCAGAUCUAGGUAAAUGGUUUACAAAGAUGGAAUUGGAAACAUUUUUAAUCAGAGCACAACGACUCAUUGUAGACAAGCUCUUUAAAUCCAAUAUAAAGGUGGUCACUAUUAAUUUGGGAACCAUCAAUCCAUCGACCAUCAACAAAUAUUUUAUGAGUAUCAAUCCCGAACAAGUCAUCUCUUCCGAGGACAUUUACGAGUGCUAUACUCCCGAUUCCAUCUCUAGCAAAAAGAAAAAGAUAGAGGUCAGAAGCUACCAUUUUGUCAAUGACAAGAAAAAUGGUAAACAACUUCCAAAACUGUAUGACGGCAAAUACAAAUGUACAUAUCAUCAAGAAGAGUCUCGACUCUAUCAAAUAGAAUUCAAAGAUGCAACUUUUAGAGUCAAUUCCGAAACUCACAUUGUCAUGGUUGAUCUAUCCAUUCAAGUUUCUCUUUGUGUUCAUCAAUCUGAUUCAAAUUCAAUGAAACACUUUCUGUGGAUGAUUGAUGGACCAGCCUCUUCGUAA